GAUAUGAUUAUGAUUAAGAUGAUGAGAGGCGUGAAAGUGAAGGUGCAGCGGUAUUUUCUUUUCUGAACACGCUUUAGUACAGUACAAGAUCGAUCCGGCGUUGAAAUAGCUAGCACUGAAAGGUGAUGGAGAAAUACGAGGUGGUUAAGGAUAUAGGAUCUGGAAAUUUUGGUGUUGCUAGACUCAUGCGCCACAAAGAUACCAAACAACUUGUUGCCAUGAAAUACAUCGAACGAGGUCACAAGAUUGAUGAGAAUGUUGCAAGGGAAAUAAUAAACCACAGAAGUCUUCGCCAUCCUAAUAUUAUUCGCUUCAAGGAGGUCUCUUUAUUAUUAUUACAUUCACCUUAUGUUUUUAAUUUGCGGUGGGUUUGUCAGAAUCACCGUGAUGUUUCAGUUUUGCAGGUGGUUUUGACUCCUACACAUCUUGGUAUAGUUAUGGAGUAUGCUGCUGGUGGAGAGCUCUUUGACCGAAUUUGCUCUGCUGGAAGAUUCAGUGAAGACGAGGCUCGAUAUUUCUUCCAGCAGCUCAUCUCAGGAGUUAGCUACUGUCAUUCCAUGCAAAUCUGCCAUCGAGACUUGAAGCUCGAGAACACCUUAUUGGAUGGCAGCCCUGCCCCACGGCUCAAAAUUUGCGAUUUUGGUUAUUCUAAGUCUUCUCUGCUUCACUCUAGGCCUAAGUCUACAGUGGGAACCCCAGCCUACAUAGCACCAGAGGUUCUUUCACGUAGAGAAUAUGACGGAAAGUUGGCAGAUGUAUGGUCUUGUGGAGUGACUCUUUAUGUAAUGCUGGUGGGAGCAUACCCAUUUGAGGACCAAGAUGAUCCCAAAAAUUUCAGGAAAACCAUCAAUAGAAUUAUGGCUGUUCAAUACAAGAUUCCAGAUUACGUUCACAUAUCUCAAGAAUGUAGACAUCUGCUGUCUCGCAUUUUUGUGGCAAGUCCAGCUAGGAGAAUCACCAUUAAGGAAAUCAAGUCCCAUCCAUGGUUUUUAAAGAACUUGCCUAGAGAAUUAACGGAAAUGGCUCAAGCUGUUUACUACAGAAAAGAAAAUCCAACUUAUUCUCUACAGAGCAUUGAAGACAUUAUGAAGAUUGUUGAGGAAGCUAAAAACCCACCUCAGGCAUCUAGGUCAGUUGGAGGAUUUGGCUGGGGAGGAGAAGAAGAUGACGACGAAAUAAACGAAGCAGAGGCCGAGCUGGAAGAAGAUGAGUAUGAAAAGAGAGUCAAGGAGGCCCAGGAAAGCGGAGAAAUCCAUGUCAACUAAUAACAAGGGAACGUUUAUGUUUAGAUAGAGCUGCUAUAGAUUGUUGGUUUCCUUCGCUCUCUGGUUAAGUUCAAACUAGGGCAAGUGUGUUAUGUUCUCAUGUAUAAAAUUAAGUUUUCUGCAUAGGAAAUAAUAGUUAAAUAAUGGCUGUAAAUUUUUAAAAAUACUGUACAAGUUUGUUAACUGAGCAUAUUAUAAGAUAUAUUAAGUUCUGUUUUUUGUGUUGUAUCA